AUGGUGACCACUCGCUCCGCCAGCAAAGCUGCCACCACCACUGGCACCACCGGCACCACCACCGCCGGCGGCGCACCGUCCAAGCUCUGGGCACACGCCCCCUCACAACUAACCCUACUCUGGUUCGCCAUAUCCCUACCCCUAGUGAUCUGGGACUCGGGAUACGUAUUGCUCCGGCCCCUAACGAUGGAAGGCGGGCCGCUGCACUGGCCGGUAUACGCGCCGUACAAGCUCUACGGCGAGGUGGACCACGUGUACGGGUGGAAGGCGUUCCACGCGCGCAACGGGUUCACGUCCGCCCAGGGCGCCCUCAACGUCGUCGAGACCGCCAUGUACCUCGUCUACGUGUACAUCUACCUCGGGUCUGGCGCGGCGGUCGCGGGGCGCGCUACCCGCGUGCUGAGCGGCCGGCCGGCGGCGCUGGCCGUCGUGUUGGCGUUUAGUGCGGCCGUUAUGACGUUGAGUAAGACGGUGCUGUAUUGGCUUCAGGAGUACUUCUCCGGUUUUGAUAACAUUGGGCAUAAUAGCCUGCAGGACUUGGUCCUCUUGUGGAUUAUCCCCAACGGCUUGUGGCUUAUUUUCCCUUCUUACAUCAUUUACAUCAUGGGAAGUGAAAUCAUAGAUGGCCUGACAGCUGCUUCGACCGGAGUUGCUGUCAAGUCCGAGUAA